ACAAAUAUGGAAAUCAUCAAAACUAUCUUACUGUUGUCCCUCAUUGUAUCUCUCUCAUCUGCACAAACAAGUGUUGUUGAUUUUUGUGUGGCAGACUUCAAUUAUCCGGUAGGGCCAGCCGGAUACCCUUGUAGGAAUCCGGCUAACCUUACCGUCGAUGACUUUGUUUUCUCUGGUUUUGGUGUUGCUGGCAACACCUCAAAUAUCUUUGGUGUUGCUGUAACCUCGGCAAUUGAUUUAACCUUCCCGGCUUUGAAUGGUUUAGGCAUUUCAAUGUCGCGGUUAGACAUUGGUGUGGGUGGAGUUGUGCCGAUCCACUCUCAUAGAGUUUCAGAACUUAUCUUAGUGAUUGAAGGAAAGAUAAUAGCUGGUUUUAUAUCCUCGGAAGAUAAAGUAUACUAUAAAACAUUGAACAAGGGGGAUAUCAUGAUCUUUCCUCAAUCAUUACUUCACUUCCAAGUUAACGUUGGCAAAACUCCUGCGGUCGCCUUUGUUAGCUUGAACAGUGCGAGUCCUAAUUUCCAAACUACUACCACUUCUCUCUUUGCAAAUGACCUACCAACUAAUGUCGUUGAGAAGAUUACUUUACUGGAGGCUGUACAAGUGAAGAAGUUGAAGAGAAUUUUUGGUGGCACAAAUUGAUCUGAUUUGUCAAUUUUGUUCCAAUUUAAAAGUUAUGGUAUACGCAACUAAAAUUAAAUGAAUAGUGAUUACAUAUAUUGUAAUUGAAUAAUGUACAUGCAUUGG